GUCACAGCUUCGUCGCUAACAAUUCAAAAGAAGCACGCGAAAUAUUUCGCAUUUUGCUUGAAAAUUUAGCCCGUGGAAUGCUUACGAAUACAUAGAAUGGCUUUCUCUGUUUUGAGUUUAUUAUCGUACACGUUCGGCGCAGUCUUGGUUGGAUGUCUCGGCUUCGUUCUCUUUUCUGUGGCAUAUUUGUAUUACAUUCACAAAAUCAACGAUCAUUUGCCGGGGCCACCUCGUUCAAGCUUCAUAUUUGGUCAUCUUCCUGAUAUUCAGAGAUACCAAACUGCAACAGGCCGAACACAAAACGAAUUCCUGGUGAAAAUAGGACUUGAAUACGGACCGAUAUUUGUCUUACAUUUUCUACACAUGCCUAUUGUCUUCUUGGCGGAUGCGACGUAUUUGCGACAUGUUUUCAUAGACAAUUACAACAGCCUACAUAAGAGUCCCUUCUUGUACGACAAAAUUGGUUUUGUUUAUGGCGAGAGAGGAGUUGGUUAUGGUUUAGUAAGCAACACAAACAAAGAAUCCUGGCGCAAACAUCGGCAAAUUAUGAAUCCCGCAUUUCAUCGCAAGUGCCUUAAAGAGUUCAUCAGUAAUUUCAAUGAUGUCUCUGAUAUGUUUAUGAUCCGGAUGGAUUCAGUUGUCGAUGGUGGCCAGCCGACGAGUAUGGUGGAGGAAUUUGCGAAAGUAACCUUGGACACUAUAAGUCUAGUAUCUUUUAACAUCAAAACCAAUGCUAUUGAAGACUCAAAUUCCCCCUUUCCAGCAGCAGUAAGGGACUACUUCAGUGGUAUGCAGGAUAUUUACAAAAUCCCUCUCAGUUCAACCCUUCUUGGAAUAUUUCAAUUCAAGCCUUUCCAGAAUGCCACCAAAAAAAAGGAAAUUGCUGCAGCUCGAUUUCUCAGAAUGUUUGCCUCGGAUUGUAUCAAAACUCGAAUGAAAGACAUUUCUGAUGGGAAAUCUGUUCCAGAUGACUUGUUGAGCAUUUUAAUAAAAGAUGGCAGUUUGUCAAUGGAUGAUAUGAUUGAUGAGUUUGUGACCGUUUUUCUCGCCGGACAGGAAACAACUGCGAGUUCUCUGGGAUUUGCCUUGUAUGAAAUCAUCGCAAAUCCUCAUGUUCAGGAGAAACUUUUGAAUGAGCUGGACCAGGUGCUUGGGGAACGUGAUUAUGUUGAGUUUAACGAUUUGACAAAAUUGAAAUAUCUUGGUCACGUUUUAGAGGAAAGCCUAAGAAAACACCCCAUACCGAUUCAAUCACCAGCAAUGGUGUCGACGGAGGACAUCACAGUUGGCGGUUAUAUCAUUCCAAAAGGAAAUUCAAUUCACACUUCUGCGCUGUUUUUUGGAAUGAACGCUGCAAUUUGGAAGGAUCCUGAGGUCUUUGAGCCAGAGCGUUUUUGCGAUACUGAGAAUAUUCUAAAUUUCAGCACGACCCAUUUUCCCUUUUCCUUUGGCCCGCGUAGUUGCAUCGGACAGAUGUUUGCAAAGUUUGAGUUAAAAGUUAUUCUUGCAAAAUUAUUGCGGAAGUUUCAAUUCAAACUAUUGCCAGGUCAGACUGACAGAAUGUUGGAAAGACUGACAAUUACUCCACGAGACGGGGUGAUGUGUGAAGUCAGUAGACGUGAAUAA